AUGGCACCCUGUCCGAAUGAACCUAUUGCUAUUAUCGGCAGCGGCUGUCGCUUUCCAGGAAAUGCGAGUAGUGCCUCUCGUCUCUGGGAGCUGCUUCAAGACCCCCGGGACUGUCUGACUGAGAUCCCGAAAGACCGAUUCAACUGGGAAGGCUACCACUACGCAAAUGGACCACACCACGGUAGCAACAUAACCAAGUAUAGCCACUUCUUGGAGGAAGAUAUCCGCAAAUUCGACCCACAAUUCUUCAACAUCCAACCAGCAGAGGCAGAGGCGAUUGACCCCCAGCAACGAUUGCUCCUGGAGACCGUCUAUGAGGGACUGGAGUCUGCUGGUCUGACGCUUGAAAGCCUCCAGGGUUCCUCAACAGCCGUGUAUGUAGGGCUGAUGAGCUGCGACUAUACUGAUGUGGUGCAGGGUGAUAUCGACUGCAUACCGAAGUAUGCGGGCACCGGUAUCUCACGCAGCAUUCAUUCAAACCGCAUCUCCUACUUUUUUGACUGGCACGGGCCGUCUGUGACUAUUGACACUGCUUGCUCCUCUAGCAUGGUAGCUCUUCAUCUCGCUGUGCAGUCGCUCCGAAGUGGAGAGUCAUCGGUGGCUGUCGCUUGUGGUGCAAGUUUGAUUAUCUCACCCCCAAACUAUCUCAUUCUCAGUCACUUGAAAAUGAUUUGUCCCGACGGCCGUGCGAAGAUGUGGGAUGCGAGUGCAAAUGGAUACGCCCGAGGCGAAGGUGUUGGCGCCAUUGUGCUAAAAACGUUAAGCGCAGCAAUCGCAGACGGCGAUCCAAUUGACUGUAUUGUCCGCGAAACCGGCAUCAACCAGGACGGCCGCACGCGCGGUAUCACCAUGCCCAGCAGCGCAGCCCAGGCGGACCUGAUUCGAAAGACAUACCAGCGGGCCGGACUGGAUGUCUCUAAACGAGAGGAUAGACCUCAAUAUUUCGAAGCUCAUGGGACUGGGACAAAGGCCGGGGAUCCUAGGGAGGCUGAGGCGGUGCAUAAUGCCUUUUUUGGGGGACGGGAGGAGGGCCUUGGCGAGGAUGAUGCUAUCCAUAUUGGAUCUAUCAAGACUGUCAUCGGUCACACCGAGGGUACUGCUGGUCUUGCGGGCUUGCUCAAAGCGGCUCUCGCGAUUAAAUACGGCUAUAUUCCGCCAAACAUGCUGUUUGAUCACCUGAGCCCGGCGGUAGCACCUUAUGCAAAGCAUCUUCGCCUAGCUACAGCCCUGACGCCAUGGCCCGUCCUCGACAAGAGUGUACCAAGACGGGUAAGUGUUAAUAGUUUUGGCUUUGGCGGUGCAAACGGACACGCUAUCUUGGAAAGUUAUGAAGACACGAGACCAGUCCACGCGGAGCCUGGCGAGCAAACAUCAACAGUGACGACGCCAUUUGUCUUCUCAGCUCAAUCGGAGCGGACCCUCGUGUCAAUACUGCAGAACUUUUCCGAGUAUCUCAAGUCUGGUACCGAUGUAGACCUGCGCAGUCUCGCUUCCACUCUGCAAUACAAACGGUCAACCUUCAGCGUGCGAACAGCAAUCACGGCACUUAGUACCGACGACCUUCUAUCUAAGCUGAGCAUCAAGCUGUCAACAACGGAAAACCCGGUCGGUGUCAAGCCAUCCCUCAAACAUGAUGGACGAAUCCUCGGUGUUUUCACAGGACAAGGCGCACAGUGGGCGGGUAUGGGCCAGGAGCUGCUCCGAGCCUCCCCCAGAGCCCGUGAGAUAGUGCAAUCCCUGGAUAAUUCAUUAGCAACCCUUCCACGAGAGAAUGAUCGUCCAUCAUGGACAGUUGAAGAAGAGCUCGCGAAAUCGCCGGAGAACAGCCGCAUUGGGGAACCAGCUAUCUCCCAGCCCCUUUGUACUGCCGUCCAAAUCUUACUUGUCGACAUGUUACAGAGUGCUGGCAUCCGCUUCCAUACCGUCGUGGGACACUCGUCCGGUGAAAUUGGCGCUGCAUACGCUGCCGGCCUCGUCACAGCAUCUGAUGCCAUCCGUAUCGCUUACUAUCGCGGUGUUUAUACGAAGCUCGCAGGUGGGAAAGAGGGACAACGGGGAGCAACCAUGGCAGUUGGGCUAUCACCAGAUGGGGCCCGUGAACUAUGCGAAGAUCCCGGUUUCCAUGGGCGUAUUUCGGUCGCUGCGUAUAACUCUUCGACAAGCGUGACCAUCUCUGGGGACGAUGAUGCCAUUAACGAGGCGAGGCUGCAUUUGGAUGAGCAUAACAAGUUUGUCCGGGUGCUGAAAGAAGAUAUGGCUUACCACUCACAUCAUAUGCUACCCUGCGCACAACCCUACCUAGACGCAUUGCGGUCGUGCGGUAUUCGCCCAGUGUCGCCCGAAGGUCCUUCGCCCGUUUGGCUUUCCAGUGUCUAUCCGGGCGAAGCAAUGUCAGAGGCUUGCGCUGGGCUCUCCGGCGAAUACUGGCGCUGGAGGCUGCGCUCACCACACGAGAGGGGGGGAUUUGAUGCAGGACUCGAAGUCGGCCCACACUCUGCCCUUCAAUCGCCAGUUCUGCAAACAAUCCAGGACAUAAGUGAGGCCAAACUCCCUUACAGCGGAGUCCUUUCGCGGAGGAAGAACGACCUCACUAUAUUUGCGGAGGCAUUGGGGAUGUUGUGGACUUACUGCGGGCGCGGCACAGUCGACUUUGCCGGCUAUGACCGGACGUUCUUCUCCAACGCAAGCAAGGUAUCCUUUGUACGGGAUAUCCCAACCUAUCCGUGGGACCAUGAACGAUCAUAUUGGUUCGAAUGUCGUAAGGAAAGGGCAGGGCGCAACCGACCUGGGCCAGUGCAUAGUCUACUCGGUGUUCCCUACGGCGAUGCCACGGAUACGGAGGUAACAUGGCGAAAUUUCCUUAUUCCGAAGGAGAUCCCAUGGCUCUCCGACCACCGUCUACAAGGUCGGGCGGUGCUUCCCGGUGCGGCAUAUGUGGUGAUGGCGUGCGAGGCGGCAUUAUUGAAGGCGCAAGCUGAGGAGGUACGGCUUAUCGAAGUCUGCGACUUGGCCAUUCAUCGGGCCAUCUCGUUCAGCGAUGAGACUACGGGCGCCGAGGUGGUUUUAACCUUGUCAGAUAUUGAACGGACACUGACACACAGCGGUUCAGGCGAUGAAAUCUUCAAUGCGAACUGGACAGUGCAAUCUCCGGCGAGCGAGGAGACAGACAAAUUGAGUCGAAUUGCUAGUGGAUCUGUUUCAUUGCACUUAGGAUUAUCAGAGGCCAGCGUGCUUCCCGGCCGCGCUCUUGAUGAUGUCCUGCCAAAUAUGAUUUCUGUCGACGUCGAUGAAUUCUACAGCACACUCUAUGAGUUAGGGUACGGAUAUACUGGGGCUUUCCGGUCUAUUUCCCGACUGGAGCGUAAAAUGGGGCACUCGUAUGGUUGUUUUCAGCCUCAAAUAUCGCCCGAGAAUUCGAUCGUGCAUCCUGCAUUGUUGGACGUCGCAUUCCAGGCCUUGUCUGCGGCCGCUAGCCACCCCGGCGAUGGAAGUCUCUGGAGUCUACAUGUACCGACCGGCAUUCGCACGGUCAGGAUCAAUCCAUACCAUUCCCACCAGUCUGAAAUAUUGUCGUUUUAUGGGAAUGUCCCCAAUUCUUCAGAGGCCGGAGACGUCACCAUAUACACCGAUGCAGGAGACGCUUUUGUCCAAAUUGAAUCUGUCUCAACGGUGCCCUUCAAAAAGGCUACUGAAGCGGACGAUCGCAACAUUUUCUCUGAAGAGGUUUGGGCACCGGCAGACCCUGAUGCGAGUUCCAGGGUCGUGCCACGGCCGACGAAAAUGGAGCAUGCCCGUGCGUGUGAACGAGCGGCCCACUUCUACUUGAAGAAUCUCAGGUCUGAGGUAUCGGCUCUGCAAGAGUGCAACACCGCGUUGCAUCACCAACAACUACUAGCUUGGGCUAGUCACCUGGUUUCGGAGGUGGCCAGUGGCAAGCGACGACAUUGCGAGGCCGACUGGGCAAACGACACGGAGGAAGAAAUACAACGGAUAUUUAACAGAUACCCCGACAAUAUUGACUUAAAACUCAUCAAAUCCAUGGGACAAGCUUAUCCAUCUAUCGUUCGGGGAGAGUCAAAUCCCAUAGAGCAUCUCACCAAGGACGAUAUGCUGGACAAAUUGUACGCCGAAGGACUUGGGUUCUCCGUGGCUAACACCUGGGCUGCUCGUCUUAUCAAGCAAAUCUCCCAUCGGUAUCCUCAGAUGAAUAUUAUUGACAUUGGGGCCGGGACUGGAGGGACAACUAAGAUGAUACUCGACCAUCUUGGCUCUGCCUUCAAAUCCUAUACAUACACUGAUACCUCGAAAGCUUUCUCCGACCAGGCCCAGGAGAUGUUCAGCCCUUAUACUAACAGAAUGGUCUUCAAACCCUUCGAUAUGGAGAAAGAAGCAAACAGCCAGGGGUACGAGGAGCACUCGUAUGACGUUAUCGUCGCUUUGAACGUCCUCCACGCUGCCAAGGACAUUGAGAAAGCCCUACAAAAUGUCCGUGGGUACUUGCUGCUCCUUGAACUGACAGACCAGGAGCCCAGCCGGAUCGGGUUCCUGAUGGGCGGGCUCCCUGGCUGGUGGCAUAGCCAGGGAGGAAACAGGAAGUGGGCGCCAACAUUAUCAACGGCCCAGUGGCAUUCUUUGCUGCAAAAAACAGGGUAUUCAGGACUUGACACGGUUGCCAUGUCCCAGGAUGGACUUGCCAAUCCCUUUUCAGUUUCAGUCACACAGGCAGUUGAUGGCCGUGUUGCCUUCCUUCGACAGCCCCUUUUUUCGAGGACUACACUGGAUGCAGAAAUGGAAGAUCUUCUCAUUGUCGGCGGAGCAACGCUCGAGACUGCCAGGCUGUCCACAGAUGUCCAAUGCAUGGUUGGCCAGCGUUUCCGUACGAUAACAGCCAUCGAGACACUGGAGGAAGUGAAUGACUUCUUUGGAGAUGACAACCUACCGACCACAAUCCUUGUCCUGACCGAAUUGGAGAUCUCCAUUUUCAAGGAGAUGUCUGCCAGUCGACUACAGGCCGUGAAGAUGCUCUUCGCAAAUUAUCACAAUUUACUCUGGGUCACUCGUGGUUGCAAGAACACAGAACCCUACAACAAUAUGAUAAUUGGGCUAGGCCGCUCUGCCAGCAAUGAGCGAAAGGAACUUCGACUGCAGUUCCUCGACGUCGAAGAUGGCUCUGCUACGGUGGCGCUGGACGGUCGGCGUCUCUCUGAGAUGCUCUUGCGUCUCCGUUUCACACAAAUUUGGGAACGUGAAGGCACUCUUGACCAGAUCCUGUGGACGACCGAGCCUGAAUAUUGUACGAGCAAAGAUGGUCGUCUGUUGAUUCCACGCAUAUGCCAACAGGAAGCCCAGAACAGCCGAUAUAACUCCAAGCAACGACAGAUAUCGUACGAGGUUUCACCGACCACAGACAUGGUCUCUAUCGCUUACUCGGAGUCGUCAUCCAGAGGUUUCAGACUUGUGACGGAAGCUCCCUCCAGCACUAACUUGUCGUCAGAGCACUCUGUAUCUAUAUGCGUGUUGUACUCCGGUCUCUCGGCGCUCAGGCUAGUGGGCGGGCAGUAUCUCUUCCCUAUCAUCGGCAGGUGUAUGGAUACCAAUGAGACUGUCUUCGCUCUUUCGACGUCAAAUUCGUCGCUUGCUGUUAUCCCACAGGAGUAUGUUGUCUCCGUCACGGUGGUAUCUGGACAAGAAAAAGCCCUACUUCUUCGACUAGUCUGGGAGCUAAUUGCCCACACCAUCAUCUCGACUGCCACCAAAGGUGAAACCAUCUUGACUCUGGGAGUUGAAACAGAGCUUCUCGAGAUCCUACGGUCUCACGCCGAUAAGCAGGGCAUAUCCGUAUUUACCGUCACCGAUGACCCGCGGUUGAAGGAAGAUGCCCGGUCCAUUUUCAUCCACCCUCUGGGAUUCAAAAACGUGCUGAGAGCCAAAUUACCCUCUAGCAUGUCAGCAUUCCUGAAUCUAUCCUCUUCAGGACCCACUCAGGAUAACUUGCAUAAGCGUCUGACCUCCGCUCUUCCGAAAUUCUGCCAAGUUCACACUGCAGCUACCUUGUUGUCACCAACCUCCUUCUCUAGGGCCUAUCUUCAUGGUGCGUUACUGCACGAUCUGAUUGCUGGAGUACCACCCGAUGCAUAUCAAACACUUUCCGGGCCUCACGCGGACAGGCUCACGCGCACCAUCAGACAAGUUCCCCAUCUCAGCCGAGAAGACGAAGAAGCAUUUACAAUCGUCGACUGGGGUGCUGAUAAUACCGUCCCCGUCGAUAUCUCACCUGUGGAUCAUGGAAUCUCAUUCCCCGCAGACAAGACGUAUCUCCUUGUUGGGCUGACCGGAGAUCUCGGACAGUCGCUGUGCGAAUGGUUCGUCCAGAAGGGAGCCAGGCAUCUUGUUUUGACCAGCCGGAAUCCCAAAGUUGGGCACAAAUGGCUCGAUAUCAUGAAGGCUGCAGGUGCAACAAUCAAGGUCCGUGCAAUGGAUGUUACAAAUAAGGCAUCAGUACGGGCCGUCUACGAGGAGGUCUAUCAGACCCUCCCACCCAUUGUGGGCGUGGCAAAUGCGGCCAUGGUCAUGCAAGAUAUCAUGUUGUCGAACAUGGAGGUUGACGAUCUACUAACAGUAAUGAAGCCCAAGGUGGACGGUAGUCGGUACCUUCACGAAGUGUUUGGCGACAAUCAUCCACUCGACUUCUUCAUUUUGUUUUCCUCGCUUAGUUUGGUGGUUGGUAGCAGUGGACAGAGCAACUACGCUGCGGCCAAUGGCUACAUGGCCUCCUUGGUGGGUCAGAGAAGGGCGCAAGGCCUGGCUGGGUCAGUCAUGCAUAUUGGCGCCAUUAUUGGAGCCGGAUACAUCACGCGCACUGGCCAGCUCAAAACUGGAGCUUUGAACGCAUUGGGAGCCUACCCUCUCUCGGUUGCGGACUUCCAUCAGCUCUUUGGGGAAGCCGUACUAGCUAGUCCUCCUCACUCGGGGCGCAAGCCAGACAUUGUUACUGGCCUCCGGACGAUCAACCCAGAGGUCGACGAUCGCGUGCUCUGGCGAUCAAACCCCAAAUUUUGCCACUUAUGGAAGGUUGAAGAAGAAGAAGAGAUGCAGACCAACGGUGGUGCAAAACGAUCCAUAGUGUCUGUCAAGGUCCAGCUGGCCGAAGCGACAAGCAAAGCACAGGCCAGGAAAAUCAUCCAAGAAUGCUUCUCUGCCCGCUUGGUUGUUCUGUUGCAACUCAAUGCGGGUGAUAUGGACGACAAUGUCGCUAUUGUUAAGCUAGGAGUGGAUUCUCUUGUUGCAGUCGAGGCGCGAUCUUGGUUCAUAAAACAGUUGAACGUCGAUAUCUCCGUUCUGCGUAUUCUGAGUGGUGCGUGUGUGAUCGACCUUGUGGAGGAUACGCUGGAACUCAUUGGACCGGAGCUGCUUCCUAAGAUCAAGUCCGACGGACAACAGGCCUAG